UUCUUGGUCUCUCCUUCCAAACUUGUCUACAUUUGAUCCCUCCCCUUUUGAGUGAGAGUGAAGGCAAUCUGAAAGCAAAGAAGGAAGGAGGCAGGUGCCUUGGCAAGUCCCAGCUGAUGAGGGCAGAGAAAGCACAGUUUCUGGUAUCCUCUUCCUGUAUUCAUCCUUUUUCUCCUUCUGACAAGAAGAUGGGGAAGAGUUGCAAAGUGGUCGUCUGUGGGCAAGCAUCAGUUGGGAAGACCUCCAUCCUGGAGCAGCUUCUCUAUGGGAAUCAUGUGGUUGGUUCUGAGAUGAUUGAAACCCAGGAGGACAUCUAUGUGGGCUCCAUAGAGACAGAUAGAGGGGUGCGGGAACAGGUGCGUUUCUAUGAUACUCGAGGCUUGAGGGAUGGGAUGGAGCUGCCCAAGCACUGCUUCUCCUGCACAGACGGCUAUGUCUUGGUCUACAGCAUUGACAGCAAAGAGUCCUUCAAGAGGGUGGAAGUACUCAAGAAGGAGAUAGACAAGAGCAAGGAUAAAAAGGAGGUCACCAUUGUAGUCUUAGGCAACAAGUGUGACCUCCAAGACCAGCGGCGUGUAGACCAUGAUGCUGUGCAGCACUGGGCUAAGGCAGAGAAGGUAAAACUAUGGGAAAUCUCAGUUGCUGAUCGCCGGACCCUCAUUGAGCCCUUUGUCUACCUGGCCAGCAAGAUGACACAACCACAGAGCAAGUCUGCCUUCCCACUCAGCCGCAAGAACAAAAGCAGUGGAUCUGUGGAUGGGUGAAAGCCUCACGCACUGUGCCCACUAUCUCUUGUAAAAAGGCAUGCCUAUGCAAGGCUGGUCUUCCCAUGAAGCAGAAACUUCCAACAGCUGAUUACAGAUGUGGCACUCUUUUCCUUCCUUUCUCGCUUUCUCUCUCUGUCGUUUUUUUAAAAAGAGAAAGUGCCAAAUUUAGGAUGGCAGGAAAUCAUUAUUGAAUUUUCCACUUAAAAUAUUGUGGGUUUUUUUUUGUUUUGCUUAAACCAUGCUAUACAUACAGUUCAGGCAGGUGCCAAUUUUGUGAUAAAAUUGGGUGAAGGGGGGAGGUUACACUAUAGAGUUUUAAAAAUAGCUUUAAGAAGACAUUUUAGUUUUGCAGAUCAUAUGCAUUUUAAAUUUGGAUGCCUCAAAAGAUACCAUCCGGUACUUAAUUUGGGUUUGGAAGAUCAGCAUGUUAGAGAAGAGACCCGUGAAUGAUUCAGUGUUGGUGAUGGUGAUCUAAACGUCUUUCUCCUCUUCUCCCUGCUGCAGGAGUUACAGAUUAUGUGGGAUAACUUGUAGCUGCAGACCUGGGAAGGAAGUGGGGGAAAGGACCCCAUUUUACUCAUAGGAAAACGUUUGGCCAAGCUAAUCCUACAUGUUCUCCUUUAGAUGGCACUCUUGCUCAAGCUAACAUGUAUAUCCGUCUUUGAUCUAUAGUGGAAGCUAUUUCUAAGUAAUUUUAGUAAAUGACUGUGUUUCUUAAGACAAGAAGGGAAAACAGAGUCAUAGCUGGAAGGGAAACAAAUAUUUUAAGACUUCAAUAACAGAUGUUUAAGGAGAAGUCUGAUCCCAGAAAUGGAAAUUCAAUCUCGAGGAAGCUGAUCAUGUAUUUAAAAAGCUAUCCCAGUUCAUUAGGUGGAUUUCGUUUGGAUGGGAAUGAAUAAUUUUUCCAGACAUUGUGAUGAUUCUUCUCUGAUCUGGACAACAAAUGUGAAACAACGAGAACAGUUUGUUGUAUCAGCUUCUUGAUCAAUUUUACUUAAACCAAUGCUCUUGUCUUCAUAUAUAAUUUACCUGGGAAGAAAUGUCAUCAAGCAUUGUGAACUGACUGUCUUUUGCAGGCAUGAUUAAACUUGAGCCCUCCAGGUGUUUUGGACUUCAACUCCCACAAUUCCUAACAGCCUUAAGAAUUGUGGGAGUUGAAGUCCAAAAUACCUGAAGGGCCCAAGUUUGCCCAUGCCUGGUCUACAACAUCCAUAGACUUAGGCUUAGUAACUCUUGAAAUUCCUUUGUCUGUAAUUAUGAAUCAUUAAGUGUGAAUUAAAAUUCAAUUUUAGUAGUACUCUGCACUGCUUAUCCAGUACCAAGGUUUUACCAAGCGCAGGAAGGUACACAGAAAGACUGUGAGAAGCAUGAACAACUGGGGAGCUCAAUCCCUAUAAGAAAAUUAAAAUAUCUUACAUUUCUCUGA